AUGGCGGCCCCCGCAGUGUGCGGGCUCACCCGGCAGGUGCGAAGCUUCAGUACAUCUGUGGUCCGGCCGUUUGCCAAGCUCGUGAGGCCGCCGGUGCAGGUGUACGGCGUGGAAGGCCGCUAUGCCACCGCUCUCUACUCGGCCGCCUCCAAGCAGAACAAACUGGAGCAGGUGGAGAAGGAGCUGCUGAGAGUAGCGCAACUGCUGAAGGAACCCAAAUUGGCGGCUUCUAUUCUGAAUCCGUAUGUCAAGCGUGCAGUCAAGAUGAAGAGCCUGAAUGACAUCACAGCAAAAGAGAGGUUUUCUCCCCUCACGGCCAACCUCAUGAAUCUGCUUGCUGAGAACGGUCGCCUGCGCAAUGCCCAGGGAGUCAUCUCCGCCUUUUCUACCAUGAUGAGCGUCCACCGUGGAGAAGUCCCCUGCACAGUGACCACCGCGUCUCCUCUAGAGGAAGCCACUCUCUCCGAGCUGAAGACGGUCCUGAAGAGCUUCCUCAGCCAAGGCCAGGUGCUGAAGCUGGAGGUCAAGACGGACCCGUCGAUCAUGGGUGGGAUGAUUGUCCGCAUUGGAGAGAAGUACGUCGAUAUGUCUGCAAAAACCAAGAUUCAGAAGCUGAGCAAGGCCAUGCGGGAGAUUAUGUGA